AUGAGUGUGCGCAAGAUGGGCCGCUGCUUCGUCCUCCCUACCGGACUCGUCUUCACUUUGAUCCGGUACAUGUGUCCCGACGGCCAGAGUCCGCCCCUUGCAGAGUCCGUUGUUCCUCGGUGCCAUCCCAUCCUCCGCCUCGGCCCAGAUCUCCCACCCAUCUCUGUUAAUAAAUACGUGCAUCCUCGUACCGUCUGGCGGAAGCAAUAG